AUGGCUGUCGACAGCCCCGAUGAUUCGCAUAAGGAAGAAGUUGGACCCUCGGACCGCUCCCCUUCCAGCCGCCCCUUUUCUUUAUCCGACGCAGACGCUGACAUCAUGGUAUACCCUCUCUCAUCGUGAAUAGCAUCAUUCUCUGCUUCAAACUGAUUUUGCAACUAGCCAUGAGCCGUUGUGGCCGUCCACUGGUAAUGGUGAACCUGAUGGAGAUUGCGGUUACAGACUCAGGUCAUGUCUGCCAGGAGUGAGGAGUACCGGCUUCUUUUUCGUCUUCCGCAUGAUGAUGUAUGUGCUUCUCUUUUAUUUUUUACACCUGUGUUAAGACGCUCCUUGGAACUUCUUCUCUUUUUAUUUUUUUCCGUAUAUGUUACGAUUACCAAGGGAGCAGUGUUUCAAGUCGUGCCGUGGAUCAAAGGCUUACAAUACUGGAUUAAGCGCUUUAGGUGACUUUUAUUUUGCGUGUUUCUAUGGCAGGGUUCUUGAAGCUCAGCGAGCUUGUUUAAUAAAAUAAUUCAAUUUUUUUGCUUCAAAUCAGAAAAAAUUAAAUUGUCCGUCUGCAACUCUGUUGCUGUUCGUAUGAUUAAUAAAUAGUUUUCGCAGCUACUCUGACCGUUCGGUAGAUUUUUAUUAGUAUGACUUGAAAUAGUACGAAAUUUACCUCUCAUCCUCAGAAAAUGACUUAAUUUAUAAAUGGAACCGUUGAUCCAUCAGUUCCUGGAAAACAUAUUCAAUAACCAAUCUGAUUUUUAGAACCAAAUCGAAUUUUUUAUUUGUAGUGCUGAUUUGGAAAAAAAAGUCAGCUGAUUAAGAUUUAUUGAAUCCCUAUUUUCUGGGCCAGAUAAAAGAUCCUGAAAUACCCCGUUGAGAUGCUUUAAAUCAAUUUUCUUCCUAAUAGUAUGUUUCAUACCGAGACAUGAUCAUUUUCACUUUGAAUGUUUAUCAAUAAGUACAUCAAAUCACGUCAUUAAAUAUAUGAUAUGGUGAAAAUAGGCCAUACUGAACGGAAGUGACACAUUCAUGGUCAUUCCUAUUUUAAAAACAUCUCUUGCACUCACUGAUUCUGUCUACAUUUACUUGCACAUCCAUUGAGACGCUCGUAUUUCUGUAAUUGCACAUAUUUCUCUCGGUUCAAAUUGUCUGGAGGGUUAUCUAAAAGACGAGACCAAAUCUUGUGAUCCCGUUUCUGUAUCGAAUUUUUUGCCACAUUAACCAUAAGUUUCCCGUUUCACUCAGAUGUAGUUGUCGUUGCAUACUGAAAACAUGAUAUACUAUGAGUUAAAUCUUAUGAGAGUUGAAUGUAAAAGGAAUAAAUGCUCUGAAGUUACGAUUUUCUCCCGACAUCUCUUAUAUGGUGUCAUUGUUAUCUAUAAACAAAGACUGAAGCUUAUAAGUAGGUAGUCUCCUGUAAACUUCAUUACUUCUUCUAGAGAUGAGGAUCUCCAAAACCCCAUUGGCUCUGUAAUGUCUCUAUCUUUUGUAAUGCAAUAAACUGAUUUUCUGUGAAUGUAUCUUUUUUGUCAAGUCUUUGGUGCCACGUCUGUCUCUGAUCUUAAUCGUGUCUGGUUUAAGGUAAACCUACAUGGGUUCUAGUGGUUGGGUAUCCAGCCUGAAAUUUCUUCUAAAUUUUUCCCACCAAAUUUCUUUCACUAAAUUCUGUGGAACAUCGACAUGUGGGCCUUGUGCUUCCCUUAGAAUUAGGUAGAAAAUGCGGGAUUGCAUAUGCCCUGUCUUCUCAUUAGAAAGUUAUUUACCUAUUAGCAAUAUACACCUCUGUCCCAAUUAGCUCAACAUGCGAGAAUUUUCUUGAAGCACUUAGGAUACGAUCUUAUAUUUUUAUCUUGUUAUAGCAAGUAUGAUUUUUUAUUUGAUGCUGCAAUGGAAAGUCGAUAUCUCUGGUGUUGAUGAUGCCAAGUCCUUCAUUGUUGUUGAAAAAAUGAGUUUUUUGGAAUAUCCUUUUUUGUGAUGCCAAGUAAUAUCUCAUAUUCAUUGAAUAUAAUAAAUAAAGACAUGCGUAUGUGUUAAUAUUUCUACUCUGGUCUCAAAAACCUCUUGCACAACUGUAACAUCAACUAAGAUGAUAAAUGUUUAACCAGUUCAAAUGCUUAUAAUGAAACAAUUCUUUCGUUCUCAUUAACAAAAGAUUUCUCCCAGACUUUCACCUUGCCCCAUGUAAAAGUGAAAAUCCUACCAGGCUUUAGUAUCGGCAUAUUUUUCUUAUUAAUAAUGGCUAAAAAAGAACAGAUAGAAGGUACAAAACAAAAUUGUGAAGAUAACUUUCGGUACCAAAUGCUGGUUCCACUCUCACCAUUCAUGGAAUGUAGUUAGAAUGCCUUCAAGCUAUUUCUAGUGGUCCUCAUCCUCGUCUAAUCAUGCCAAGGUUAUAUCAACAUCCUGUCAUGGGUGAACUAUAUCAUGAGAAUACAGAAGAUAGAGAGUUUUCAUAUCAAGAAUCAUGGAGUUAUUUUUUGUACCUCUUUGAUCUUUUCCAUACAGUCUCGUUCCAGUUUAUUGAUUAACUGAGCUUGCUUAGUUUAGAGUGAUGGAAACUUUUCAACAAGCUGAUCAUUAAAUGUGUGUGGAGUUUAAUGCCAGAUUAAUAAUAAUCUAUCAUUAAAUUCUCUGAUUGGCCAAUUUUUUUUCUUUACUCUGAAGAAUGAAGGAUUGCGGGUCUCAAAAAACUUAUGGAAUAUUCAAUCUAUUCAGUUGAUCUCUGACUUUUUUGUCUAUUGUAACAUUGACAGCAUUUGGUUUUGAUUUUUAGGUGCUUAUCCAAGAUUUCAAUUGUGCAGUUCACGAGAAUUUUCUUAUUCAGGUAAUUGUUUAUUUCCUCUGUUGACACUUCAUCUUUGAAAUCUGUUCUCCGUAUUGGCCUAAUACUGGCAGUCGAGCUCUUUCUCAUUUUUUUCAUUUGAAGAUUCAUCUGACAAUUUUCUGUUUGAAUUUUUUAUCAGGGCCAUAUGUACUUGUUUCUUCACCAUAUCUGUUUCUACGCCAAUAUUUUUGGGUUUGAGACAAAGGUAUUCAAGUGAUUCGUAGUUAUGACUUGGGACGGAUUUUGAUGGUCGUAUAUUUAUGCAAGUAUAUCAGAUUUUCACUAAUUAUUUAAAGCCAUUUCAUUGUGUAGUCAUGUCUCUACUGAUAAUACGCAUGCAUCAUGAAAUUUGCAUGAUGCAUCUGAUAGAUCAUGGCUACUGAGACGUUAUUGAAAGGAUCUUUUUGCUUCACUGAAAUGAACACAGCGUUUCUCUUGCCAUCUUGAAAAACAUGGCUGAUUAGUCUUAGAUGAUCGGUCUUCCCUCUUCCUCUUUUCUUGGUUUUGACUUCCUGACUACCUCGCAAAUUGUAUCUGUAAAGGUGAAGAAGAUAGAGUUGGUCACGAACAUUUGAUUAUAACUCGGAUUGACUUGGAUUGAUUCUGCUUCCUCUCCUACUAGCCUAUAGAUGAACUAAUUUUAGAAACAAUAUAUUUCCUAAAUCUGGGAAAUCUGGGAAGACCUUUAAAAACUGUGAUUUUUAUGACUCAGCUGAAUUAGCUCCAAGUCGUAAAAUACUGGUCUUGUUUCAUAUCAGAUCAUGCUGUUCAGUGGACAUUUUGUCAUUCGACGGACAUUUUGUUGUUCUGUUAGCUUUUAUUCAAUUUCAGGCUCUCAUUUACCGCAUUAUAUUUCUUAUUGAGUUAUGUUUCAAAGUUUUGGACUGCCUAAUUUCUCACCCUGGUUUAACAUGCUUUUAUUGAAUAAUGGGUUUCCUCACAUACGUGUUUAAAAUCUACGACAAAUGUCUCAUCCGGAUUCAAGUUAAUCAAGCCAGUUUUGUUCAGUCUUAAGUUACUAGUACCAAACGUCGAUUUAAGGUCAUGCCAAUAUACAUGAUACUGAAAUUUUACUCCCUCUUCUAGUUCAUUUUGUCAUCUGCUAUCGCCAUGAUCUUUAAAUGCUUGACUUUGUUGAUUUUGUAAGACCUGAUUCAAUGAAUUUCAUUUUCUACUUUAAAAUGUUGUAAACUCGUUUCAUUUUCUACCUUAUUUUCGAAAAAGGUGGUUCAUGUUGGUGCUCACCUCUAAACCUCUUGACAUGUUGGUGUAGAAUCUAAAUUUCUUUGAAUUUUUUUUGUAGAGAAAAAUACCUUUUCGAGAUGUUACAAUGGUUCAAAAAGCAAAAACUGCGGGUAUAUUUCCUAAUGCCAUUGAGAUACUGGUCGGAGAAAAGAAGGUAUCCUAGGAAGGACAGUAACUUUCUGAAUUUUUUCAAUAUGCUGAACUGUGUUAUUCUCAUUUCAAUGGAAUAAGUAUAUUGCGUAUUAUCUAAGUAUAUUAGCAUCUAUAAUAAAUGAAACUGUCAUUUUUGCAGCACUUUUUUGGAUCCUUUUUGUCCCGUGAUGAAGCUUAUCGACUCAUCUUAGAUAGAUGGUCACAGCAUAGUACUGAUGCUGACAAACUUCUCAAUAAUCAGGUUCACACUUUGCUUUAUGCUGCGCUAUCUUUCUAAUGUUACUUAGAUAGUACUUUUACCUGUUUGUGAAUGCUCCUUUGGUCAAUUUGAGUAGUUUUAUGUAUUUUGAAAAUAUUAAUUUUCAAUUUAAAUCUAAUCCCGAUUAGUAUAUUUGCUUGUAUUUUAUGGACGAGCUGUAUAUGCUAUUCCGGAAAAGUAUCUUUUACCAUUCGCUGCUGGUAAGUCGUAUUGUUAGUCAGUCUUUUUCCUGUAUGUCUGUCGAUCUGGAACAGUUUCUCUGGUGAUCUCGGGUCUGAUGUCUGCAUUAGGGGACAUUCUCUGUCUUUGUCAGGAUUCUUUGUAAAAAUGAUGCGGAAAACUGGACAAAUGGAAUGCUGAGGCAAAUGAAUAUCAGUUACUUUCACUAUAUUUUCAUCUUUGCAAAGAGAAGCUGAUGAAGUAGAUUGAGAUCCUGAUGUUGGGUCUAGUUUUGGCAAAGAGAUCAGGGCUAUUCUUUGGAUACUGAUGACUGCACCCCUGCAGCUUUGGUUAUCAUUAUCAUAAGAUAUAUUUCCUUUUUCAUGCCACUCUUUGUCAGUUAUAGUCUUUUUAUUUCCUAAGAAUUGAAAGAAUCAUUUUGAGUGAAUCUAGGAUUUUAUGUUUAUAUUCUCAGUCAGAUUGAAGUUGCUCUAUUAGUAGACUACUAAAAUACGACAUUACAGAGAACGAAAAAAUGAAAAAUGAUGAAUGUCUGGCAAUAUUUCUUGGCUCCAGGGCAUGGAGACCAAAAUUUUUCUUGAUUCACUUCUUGUGGUUUUCUCUUCAUCCCUCUUCUCUCCCGAAUUUUUUUCUUUCUUCUCAUGUCAAUGUGCUUUGAAGAGAUAGUUUGGUCAAGUUUUGGGUUAAAUGUUUGAUGCAAAUGUGACUUUUAUAUAGUUUUAAAAAUACAUUAAUUUGUCCUGUGUUUUAUCUACAAGCUUUCAAUGCAAUCAAGUAGAAUUUCCUUGUUUUACAACGUUAUUGUUCUUUUUAUAAUCCAUGGAGAUCUCUCUUAUUCAGGAUUCCAAAUCUGAAAAUGGUAGCGAGGAGAAUGCUGUUAUCGUGUUAGAAAGCAAUGGGUUACCACAACCUAGCAUUGAUUUGAAUUUUACUGAGAGGUAUAACAUUUAACUGGCAUGUUUUGAAUUUAUUCAUGAUCCUAUAUUUUCAUGAUGCACGAGGAAUACGAUUCUAUUGGCGUCUUUAAGCUUAUCUCUAAUCGUAGUGCUGUAUUAGUCUACCAGCCGGGCUUUCAGAAAUCCAGGGAAAUGUUGUGGAACGUAUUGCUGGCCCAUCCAGUGGUGUGUCAUCCACUUGGCAGAUUGAUGAUGUUGAUGCUCCUAAGGGUUAGUUGUAUGACGUUAUUGGUACUUGCUUGCAAAGAAUUUGGUUUUGAUGUAAUGUGAUUCAAUCUUAUGAUGCUCCUUUAUUAGUUUUUAUGCAAUACCGACCAUGUGUAAUGAUUUCGCUUACAUCAAUUUUUAUCCCCUAAUGCGUCCUCAGUUCUAAUUUUCUUGAUCAUUAUUUUACCCUAGAUUUGACAUUUGUAUUGUUGUUUUUUGGCAGUGCCUGACCACUACACUUUUAUUGAUGAGGCAACAUUUCCUGUAGGUUUAUUUCUCUUCUUCUUGAAUUCUUUCUGCUAUUUCUUUUUUCUACUUAAAUUCUGGACUGUUUGUCCAUGUAGAUUACUAUUGAGGAAUUCUUCCACCAUUUUUUUUCAAAUGAUGCCAUCGACUUCUUUCAAACGUUUCGACGAGACUGUGGUGACAGAGGUUUGUUUUAUAUCACAUGUUGCUAUUUGAUGUGUAGCUUUUUCUGUGUACCUCAAGCAUUCAGGAUUUUCGUCCUUCAGAUUUUCGAUGCACUACUUGGCGGCGGCAUGAACAGUUUGGACAUGUUCGUGAUUUGUCAUUUACUCAUCCCCUAAAAAUACUUUUUGGUAUUAUAGUUCUCCCGAGUCUUUCAUUCUGUACCUUGAGAUUUUUCUCUUUUAUCUUUUUCUUUGCAACUAUUCUCCUGUUCCAAUAACUGUCAUUUGUAUUUAAGGCCCAAAAUCUGGGAGUUGUCAAGAGAGACAGAAUUUUCGUGCCUACAGAAACAGGUAAUCCAUCACUAUGCUUCGUCACGAGCCACAUGAACCACGUAGUUUGUUGUCUACUCCCGAUUUUCUAUUAUGAUAAUCAUAUUACCUUUCAUAUCUUGGAAUAGAUAUUAUUUAUCUUACUCAAGUACUUGGUAUCAUAGAAGAAAAAAUCAGAUGAUGGAUAGGAUUAUCAAGUAUAUGAUUGUUCAGAUGUACCUGCAUUAUGUUGUCGUGAAAUCUGGAUCAACGUCUGUCAUCCAUUUUUUUUAAUUAAUCCAUGAAAGUUUCUUUAUAAUGCGGUAAUUAAUCUUUGAUAUAAUGAAGCAAAAACCUAGAUUUUUUUCUCCAUACGUUGAAUAAAACAAUUGCUCGUGUUCACUGCACUGGAGCUAUGCAUUAUCAAGAUGUGUAGCACGUUAUGUAUGAUUGACAGCCUCUCAAGAAAGCUGAUGAAUAAGUUUCAUCUGCACCUAGUAUUUCUAGUUGAUGAGGCUUAAAUGCUCUCCGCCAUUGUCACUAGAGUGCUAGAUUAACCAAGUUGUCGGUGUGUUUGAAAAGAAAUGUUAGCAUAUCCUUGUCAUUGUGGCAACUACAUCUGCAUUUAUUAAAAUGCGAUCUUGAAUUAAUCAUGAGAAUGGGCAUGAGGUUUUCUUGGAAAGUGGCUUGUCAGCGCUAAAAUUUUCCCGUUAUUUUAGUCCCUGCUCUGCUGAUAAAGAAUCUUCUUUGCUAGUGUUGAGCAAAGCUUAUAAUAAUAUAUACGUGUGCCCAUUUGGACUUGUGGUUGACACAGUUAGUUUAGAUACUGACUAGAGCGAAUGGUAUCAGAUGAACUUGUGUGAGGUGCAUCAGUGAGUCUCAUACUCUUUGGAUUCUCAUAAAACAUUCUAUUUUACUAUGAAAUCUUACUUUUUAAUGCUAGAUCCGUAAGUUUUUGAAGGAUUAAGGCUAGAUGAUUUUUUUUUAUUAGAUCCUCAAAUUUCAUUGGGGCUUUUAGGUAAGAUCCUCAAACGAGGUACAAAAAUGACACUAUUGUAAUAGAAAAAUAACAUGACAUUUGUUAGAUAGAAAAUGUUGGAUCAAAGUGGAGGCGAAAUCUCAAGUGUUCUUUAGUACAACACAGUGUGUCAUUGCUUGCCCAUCACAGCUAAGUCAAACCAAUUAGCUUCAUCAAAAAUUGGUGAGCUGAGUUGUCUCCAAAUGUUCCUUUUGUAGGAAGAUCCUUUAGUGUAGACCCAUGUGCAUCUCACCAUUUCCACAAAUAGAGGAUUAGCAACGCUAAAAAUCACACAACCAAAAAUUAUGCCCCUAGGCCUUCAGUUGCAUUUUUUCCAGCCUUCAUCGCUUCUUAUAAAGCAUAUUAACACAAAAUGCCCCUGGACCUCCAGUUGUAUAUUGUCGUUCAAUGUGUGGUAGUCGUCUCAUAUUUUUCUUCGCUGAUACAGUAUUAUAUUGUCGAGCCUAUUAAUUUGAUGUCUCUACAAAUGACAGAAUGUCUCUGAUUUGUCCCUCUGUACUUCGCUUUUUCUUAGGAAUUCUUCUUGUUACAUCUUCACUUAUCUGCCUUCUUACACUAUUUAGUAUACGUAUGGAUAGAUAUUGACAUUCAUAAUGGCAGACAUCUGGUGAUUGAAACAUCGCAGCAAGUUAGUGACGUGCCCUUUGGGGACUACUUUCACGUUCAGGUAUGUUUCUGAAGCAUUUGUCCCUCAAAUGUUUUAUUAGAAAUAUGAGGCUCUGGUAACUAGACUAGCAAUCUCUUUUACUUAUCAUUUACCUAACUGCAAUUACAUUGUUGCUGGUAUUUCCUAAUUGUAGCACUCCAUGCUUCUUUCUCUUUUGCUAUUUGGAGACAACAUUUUGGGGCAUGCCUUUUAGGAAUAUUCUAUUUUUUGUUCCAUUCUACUGACACUGAGCGACUAAUACUAUGGCCUUACUGUAGCCGCAUCAUUCAGGAGACUUCACUGUUGAUACUGAGCAAUUCGAUGUGCUUUGUUUCAGGGACUUUGGGAUGUUAAACAAAAUUCUGCUGGAGAAAGUUGCUGCCAUUUGAGGUUGUAUAUAAAUGUAGCAUUUUCUAGAAAGCUUUUGUGGAAAGGUACUACUGUUUUAUUUUAUAAUGAAGAGAAUAUAUCAAUAGAUCAAUUUCAAGCUUUGUUUUCUGCUAUGUACCCAUUUUCGUUUCUUCAUCACAUAGUAGUGUGAUAAGAAACUAGAUCAAAGAACUAUGAAUAAUUCGUAUUAGAUGAAAGAAACAAUCUCUAGAACAGAAAUACCAAAGAUAAAGCACAGUAAAAGAACCCAGAACAGAUGGAGGGUCGCAUACAACCUUCCAACCCUUUCUCGUAGAUGCAUGAGAUACUAACACUGAUUUUUCUUUUCUCUCCCCCUCCUUCCUGAUCCGCCCAUCUUUAUAUCUUCUCCUUUCCCUCCUGCCAUAACUGCUCUUGCCAUAACCGCUCUUUGCCAUAACCGCUCUUUGCCAUAACUGUUCCUUGUCAUAUUGUUCCUUGGCAUAACUGUGCCUUCUCUUAAUCAUGCUAACCGUUAUUGACUUAUUGGGCUUUGGGCCUUAUUCCUUCUAGCACAUGUGCGUGGAGCCUUAUCGUAUUAUCACUUGAAAAGGAAAAGAACGCAAUAGUUUUUUCUAAGUUUUCAGUUAUGAAAAAUAUUUCCCAUAUUUGGGGUAAAAAAUCUGAUAAGCUUUCAAAGUUGCUAAUUUGGGAUUUUUUUUUUAUGCACCUUGGUUUCCUUUGAUGUCCCUUAAUUUGAAUUCUUCCAAUUCCUGUAUGGAACUUUUCUCAAGUCAAUGGUUUUUGAACUUGGAGAAAAAUUUAUUUCUAUGAGCAUUACCAUAUCCUCAGUUGAUGGAGGACUCUAAAAUAUCAUUUUUCAGGGAAAAUAGAGCAAUCAACACGGGAUGAAUGCCGUGAAGUUUAUGCGAUUUGGAUAAAAAAUGUACGGUUACCUGUCUUAUGAUUAUUUUAGUAUAAUUUCAUGUUGGUGGUCCAAAUACAUCACUUACCUGGGAAUAUGGAAUUCAUUUUAGGCGCGUGAACUGGUGAAGCAAAGACUGUUAGAAAAAGAUCAAGGUUUGACGUGUAAAUCACCCUUUCAAUGUUUCUUCACUAAGUUAUUGAAGAAUUGUUGACGGUAAUAACUUAUUGGACUCAUUUUCUCAUCUGUGAUAUUGUUCUGUAUUGUCAGGUGUCCUUGCUUGUGCCACAGGCACUAGUGACGACGGUGAUCUUGUCAGGGAUAGUUUAUCAAAGCAUGAACACUAUUCAAGUCGUUUACAUGUUACUGAAUCUUCCAAAAGGAUGCCAAUUUUGCUUUCUGAUGUCAGGAGUCUUAUAUCACAAGUUUUUGGACCCAUACAAGAGGCGCUUAGAUUAUCCACAUCAGUCGUAUCCAUUUCAAAAGAUUCUUGCACAGCGUUUGGCUUGCAUCUGAAGAGACAAUCAAACUUCCAUCUGACUAUGGUGGUAGCAUUUGUUGCCGUCACUUUCUUAAUGCAGGUGACUAAAAAUUUUAUUUGGGGCUGACAUGAGAAAUGAAUCAGGGGAUUGGUUGCAUUUGUUUGUCCUAUUCACUAUUUUUCAUUCAGUGACAAAAUGAGUUAUGAUGCUAGCAACUAGGCGGUAGCACAAUAGACCUAUGCCCAAAUAUGUUCCAUUUUUACUCUGCAGGAUCACAUGAAAUUUGCAUUUUGAAUUGUUUGAUGUAUAAAAUAUUAAAUACAUUAGGAGGAUGAUCACCUUCAGGAUUUUCGUUUUCUUUCUCUGAAGAAGUACUGUUCUUUGUCAAUUUAAAAGAUCGCAUAUCAAUUAAUCAUUCAUUUAUUCGUUUAGAAGACAUCCAUCGAUUUCUAUGUAGAUCUUACUACCAUAUCUUUCAGACAACUUUUCUCUUGAUCCAAGCGUACAAUCCUUUACUCAAAAAUAAUAUUCUAUGCAUCCUAAUCCACAUUCUCACUUUGCUGCCAUUAACAAUAUUUCUCUUUUUGUUGCUUUCCCCCGGACCCUGUCUCCACUGAUUGCAUUAAAGUUCUGUAGGCCAGUGGCCCAGUUUGGAGGAACUUUAAUGCUUCUUUGGAGAAGUUGACUAUAUGAAGAGAAGAGUCCGGGGCUUGGGGAAAAUGCAAUCAGUGGAGACAGGGUGUGACAGAAGGCACGAGGUUCAGUUCCGAAUUUUUUUUAGGGGUUGGGUGGGUACCUAUGGUGACUCAAAGAGUCCAGCCAAGUGUAAUCCAUUUUCCAUUUGUAUCAUUUGAAAUGACAGUAACAGUCAGAUGUUCGUAAGGCGGAGUUGCACGACAGAAGGGUGCUCACUUGUAGUCUUAGAAGUUUUUAUCAUCCAAAAUUGGCUAACCACGAAUAGCAGCUUAGGGUAGAAAACCUGUCCUAAAUUGAGGUUAUCUGUUGAAAAGAUGUUAACAUUCAUCAAGUAUCGGCUUUAGAAAUCAAGUUAUAAUUAAUUCAGUAUCUCUAAAACAUAAACAAAAGAAGUAGAAGGAGCGCAAAAGCUUUCCUGUCCUGGGUUUUUUUUUCCUUCUUCUUUUUUCAUCAUGUCUUCACUUAUUAUUUAGCAGAUGUUUAAACUGAACGUAUACAGCCUAUAUUUUUUAACGACUGCACAAUGUUGGACGUAUGAUUCUUUCAGGGGGUUUAAUUUUUCUCGCAAGCUGUUCAUCUUGCAAUUCAUCUGUUUACCCAAUUCAUUAUGUGAAUCAUUAACACUUGAUUCAUCUCCAUUCAUUGGUUUCAGCUGGCUUGCAUCAUCAUGCUUACCAAAGCUCCAAGAAUUCAUGUGAUUUCCCAAGGAAACUAUAUAAAUAGCCUUGGUGGUGAGCGAUCAGAAGUCAUAAAUUGGCUGGAGGAAAGGGUGCUUAAUCUUAAUCGAGAGAUGCAAAUGAUGGAGAACCGAUUGGAGAGGAUGCAACAUGAGUACCUGUUCUUGAGGAAACAUCUGCAGGAUCUUCACACGCUUAGAACUGAAUAA